GUGUAACGGCCAUAGAUGAUUGUUAACUGUUGUAGAGUUUAGUAGCUGUCGCUAGAUUUCACUUUUCGAAAAAAAUCUCUUUUCGUCAAGAUGUGCCAGUAUGCCUCAGAUUUUAAUAAAUAAUAUAUCAUUUUAUAAGUCAUGAAGUGCGAGUUUUUGAGACAAACGGGCAUUUUGUGAAUCUGUAGGUAAAGCUGUGUAUAAACGAGUGCACUGGCCUCAGGAAUUUCGUGAAGUCUUUCGAUGAGAGAAAGUAUUUAGUAAAUCAGGAAAUAUCGACACAGCAUGGUGAGAGGAAAGAAAGGACGUGCCCCUGCAAGGGGUUCAGUGCGUACACGUUCGGUAGCUUUAACCGAAGAAGAAGGAAAAAGAGAUUCAUCUCGAAGAAAAGGAACAAGGAUAGAGUUUGGCAACAAGAAGCUCACACAUACUUCAGAGAUACUGUUGAAUGUUCAAACAUACGAUUCAUCUGAAAAAAUGACAACAGUUUGUUGCUUUGAUAAUGUCAGCUUCGGUAAUACAGAACUUGUGAAAAUCCACAAAGAGCCAAAGAUUACAUCUUCACUUGAUAGACAAUCCUUUAAAACAAAUCAACACAAUGACAUUCUCAUCCAGGAAGGUGAAUUACCAGAUGCAGGACUAUUCACGACAGAUGAAACGCCCGUAGCAGUACCAGAUCGCGGUCCAUCAACACCACAUCGAAUAAAUAUGCCAUGUGAUCGAAUAGAAGAGUUAGACGUGCCGGUAGUUCCAACUAGGAGAUGUGAUAAUCCAGUGAACGCUGCCUUUAGUUCUGUACAACCUGUGGCACGAAAACCACCAGUUGGAAGAGGACGCGGGAAGCUAAACUACAACCAAACGAAUAACAGACAGGCGAUCAAUUCGAUUGCAGCUGCAAACACAAACCAUAAGUUAACUGAUUACUUCCCGGUACGACGUAGCGUUCGAAAGUCUAAGAAAGCUGUACUGGAGGAGAAGCAACGUGAUCUUGAAAACAAAGUAUUGUGCCAGGUGGAAGAAGGUUUAGAAAUUAGGCACUUUGCCGGCAAAGGUCGUGGCGUGGUGACCACACGUGAGUUUUCCAAAGGUGAAUUCGUCGUGGAAUAUAUUGGCGAACUCGUCGACCAGGUCACGGCUAAAAAGCGUGAAGCUUUGUAUGCGCAAGAUCAGAAUACAGGCUGUUACAUGUAUUAUUUUCAACACCGCAAUCAUCAGUAUUGUGUCGAUGCAACGGCGGAAACCGAGAAACUAGGCAGAUUAGUUAAUCAUUCACGUAAUGGGAAUUUGGUGGCAAGGGUGGUGGACGUCGGAUCUAUACCACACCUCGUACUUACCGCGAAGGAAGACAUACCAGCCGGGGUCGAAGUGACGUACGAUUACGGAGAUCGAAGUCGUGAAGCUAUUCGCAAUCAUCCAUGGUUAGCGUUGUAGCUGUAAAUUUUAAUGCAUGCAUACCAUUGCGUGCACUCCUGGACUCUUCCCUGGGGCGCGUUAUAUAUUCUAAGACUAUUUUCGGGGAAGAAUUCCAGAAGUGCCAGUUCAAUUUUAUUCGCUAAUUUUUUUUCGUGAACCUGGCGAGGCGUUUGAGACCUUACUUGGCGUUUUAUUCGGAGAAUACAUUCUGCAUGACACCUACUCGCGAGUCAAUCCCUGUUAAUCAUUAUUUAUAUGUUCGACGUUGGACUCUGCUGCAAAAUUGUGCAGCAACGUAUUGAGUUUGAAGUUAUACUUUAAGUAAUACUACUUGACUAAGGUUCUACGUUAUCAACGAUAUCGGUCCAUCCUUACCAUCACUUUCAUUCAUCAUUUCAUUUGUAUUAUCUGCAUGAAGGAAACAUUACGUUAUCCAUAACUUAGUAAAAUUAAUUAUUUCGGUAAUGCUAUAGCUAAUUAAUAGGUAAUCUGUAAUUUUUUUACGUCAUCCUCAAGACUUGAAAUGUGCGCUGAGAGCGUAAUAAGAGAAAAUAAUCGAAGAAGCACAGGAAGAAAAAAAGAUGCGUAAAAUGUCGGCGGUGACUCACCGUCAUUAAUCAGAUCCGUACAGAUUGUCUCUAUACCGCAAUUUUGUACGAUUACAUCCUGAAAUUGGGGCUUAUAUACAUAGAUUAAUGUUUUAUUAUUAUCAUUUAUACAAAAUCAUAUAAUGUGCCGCGUGAAGGUACAAGGUGAAGUUUUUGUAUAAUAGAAUUGAAUGUGAUCGAACGUCGAUACGUUUCGAAUUGAUCGUUAAACUUACAAUUAGCCCUAAUAGAAAUUCUAGUUGCUACUGCUGGUUGACCAGUUGAUGGACAUUACUAUUGUGGACAUAAAAGAAACAGUGGACUAGUUAGUCAACUAGCCAGUGACUGGUUGGACCUAGAUUGGAGUUUCAAAUUGAAGACAUUGGGAGGCCUUCGUAGCGCUAAUCUAAUAUGCAAUGCUAUUAGUCCGUACAACGCAGAGUAAACAUGUUACCAAGGUAGAAAAAUCCAAACACAAAAGAUACCGUACACAGCAUAAGUACUUUGGAAAACAUUUUUGAACUGCGCUGUAGAUCCAUUGACAUAGAAAGUAGUUAGACAUAUGACUUGCCGCAUAUUUAUUUAGUUGCGUUUUCAUCGACGUUAUAAUUCUAUAUUAUAAAAAUAUCUGAAGGCAAUGGAGAGAGGGAGUGAGUGAGUGAAUGAGUGAGUUGAGUUGAUUAAAUCGUUCCUCCCUUGAUGGAAUCUCGAAUAAUCGCCAAGCGAGAAACAGACCAGCCGUUUGAUAUUUCGCCAAUUACAGCCGUCUACUUACAGUGUAGAUAUAAGUCAUGUUACUUCGUUCUAUGGUUGACAAUUUGUUUAUCGCGAUCAACCUAGGUCUCCAUUAACGAGUACAAAGUAAUAAGGAUUAUUGUACGAGAUUUUCCAAUCUCAAAAUAAAUCUGCAAUAUGUCUGAAUGGUUGUAGGAUCCAUAUAAAGCUAGACUUUUAUCAGACAGCUGUGUAUAACGUUCUCUCGCAUCGUUGCAAACUCUAAAAAGACUCGUAUUAAUGUCUCCUAUCUUUGUGAGACGGAUUUGUACAUCUUACGUUACAACCCUAAAUCAUUUAGCCCAUACGGCGCUUACUAAGGGUAUAUCCCGUAAUUGAACCACGAUUGCGGUUAUGAAAUUUCCGCCAAUUUCAUUGGCUGAUUUCAGUCGGUUCUAUUGGCUGGAAUUUAAAAUAUAUUGUAAUUUAUUUAAUCGAACAGCAGUAAGCGACUGAGGCUGCUUUACGAAUUAUUUUUAAAUCUCACUGCCAGUCCUGGGUCUUUUAUUUGUUUAUUAGUGGAACUAGCGAAAUAGUACCUGGGUGUCUAGUAGCAAACACCUCUCCUGGAGAGAAUUUCAUCGAGCACUGCCUCUCAGUCAUUGAGUAGGUUGAGUCUUGCGUCGUGGACCAACCGUGCGUCAUACUCCUACACGAAGGACACCGAUCCUUCGUUAUUAUUUAAUAAAUUGUCUUCAUCCUGUUUACGCACCUACAUAAUUAGGAGUAGCGAGUGUCGUCUGCAUGUAGACGUCACGGUCUACUUAUAGCCACGCACCAUAUACGUUUUUCAAGUACAAUGUAUUCUGGAGUUUUGUGUCAGA